AAACGCUCGUCAAACUCAGUCUUUCUCUUUUGCACACUUCCAAAGAAGUGUAUGGAAUUUGCUGUGAAGGGGCCUGACCUUUGUAAGGGCACAAUUGCUGUUGUUCCGGAGCUCUGAUGUGUGUCUUCCUUCUUUCAGCGCGGACUGUGGUCAGUGAAGCGUCAUGUCGAUUAAGGAGCCACUGUGACGCAGGAGUGUUGAAACCGGACCAGGAUACCGCCCCGAGGGAUAUAUAAUAUUAUAGUUCUGGCUUAGAUGAGAAGUUCAAGAGGACGGUCAGCAAGGAAGCAAAGGUGUGUUCAACACGACGUGCCAGGUGGUCAUUACGGUGGAGGACCAAGACGAUCAGAACCCUGUGUUCAACAGCUCCAUCUACCGGGGUGUUAUCACCAGCCAGGCCACAAUGCAUUCUGUGAUAAACAUCAACCCGCCCAUUUACGCGCAUGACCCCGAUGUGACGAUCAGCGAGAAGAUUGUCUACUCUUUUCACGGAGCUGUGUACCACUACACACAAUGGCAGCCAUUGAUAACCCCGGAAACGGAUGUAGGUGCCCAGUCUACUUCCGGUCAAGACGGAGAUAUCUUGGAGAUUGAUCCAAACACGGGAGUGGUCACCUUAAUCAGCAGACCGCUGUCCGACCAGGUCUAUCUGCUGGUGCAGGCUACCCAAGUGGACACGCCGUCCAGGUACGGGGUAGCGCUGUUGGCCGUGGAGGUACAAGGCACCAACGUCAACGCCCCCAUUUUCUCACGAGAAACAUACGCAGUGGUCGUAACGGAAGUGUUUCCCGUAGAGAAAGUGGUUACCAUGGUGAUAGCCACUGACCCAGAUCCCGGCUCAAUCGUGACCUACAGUCUGACAGACUCCUCUGGGACAUUCAGAAUAAAAGAACGGUCAGGUGACGUCGUCCUUAUAAAACAGCUGAGCUACGCGGCAAAAGCUCAGUACGUUCUUACAGUUACCGCCAGCGACGGGACUAUGAGGUCCAGCACAACCCUGACUGUGACUGUAUGGCCGGUCAACAACAAGCCGCCAGUGGUCAAGACCCCAGUGUCUGACCUCAACGUUAGCUUGACCAGGCGGGAAAAAGGGGACGCUGUCGUGACGCUGCGGGCUGAGGACGAAGACAAAGGGACGACCGUUCUGUCUUUCCGACUGCUCACGUUUACAGAUCUGUUCGCGAUCAACCAGUCCGGCGUUGUGUCCGUGAGAGCCGAGGAGGACCAGCUGUCCCUCCAGAGCUAUCCAAUCACAGUGGUGGUCAGUGACGGGGGAGUACCCAGCUACGACACACCAGUCAUAGUAACCGUCAACUUCCCUCCCCCUGAGCGAGUCGCCGCGGCCAGCAUGGCUGACACGGACAACAUCCUUCCUAUCGUCCUCGGAGUGCUCGCCGCUUUCUUCUUCAUCAUCAUCGUUAUAAUGCUUGUCUAUCUGCUGAGGAGACGCUUCCGAGAUAAAGAACACCUGGACCGUGUCAAGCGCCAGAACCCAUCACGUGACCCCAAAGCUCUGACCUUCAAACAGAAACAGGGCACAGUGGGGAAAAAGGCGGCAAACCGCGUCAAGAUAGACUUCCGGGACGAGUUGUCGGAGGGGGAGACCACAGUCCAGGAAAACCCACUGAGUAAUACCAAAAACACGUACUUCAAUUUUGGUCAAUUGCAUAGUGACUCAGAAACGGACGUUUACAACGAAUCUGAUGAUAUACAGGACAAUCUUGACCCAGACACUAGCGUGGUUCCUACAGCACAAAAACAGGAACUGACUGUGUACUUUUGAGAGCCCUUAUCCAAUCUACUUUUGCUUACAAGUUACACGCACGCUGUACAUUAUUGUGAAUCUGGAAAGGACUUAAUGCCGCAAAACAAUAAAUUCUGUGAAUGACGCAAGAUGGACGGAGACAGACCCUGGUUGUUUCAUGUGAUGCAGAAUCAGUUGUUAUCCAGAAGCAUACACUAGACCCAUUUUCUUCUCAAGGAACAGGUUCUAAAAUGUCUGCAGAUCUGGACAUCCACCGGUUCUUAUGCUCUUCUUUAACGAGAAACGAGGAAAAUCAUGAGAGAGGUACAAAUGGGCACGUAUGUUGGCCAGUGUGUGGUCGUAACGUUGUGUGAGUUUUACAUCUUUUUCAACACAGUUUUUCCAAGAAGUGGGAACUGUAUUUUAAAUGUUCAUUUUUGGAAUGCUCUUACCAAAUGAGUGGCUGGCAUCAGUGGUGUAGCAGAUAAGUGUUUGCCCGUUGCACUCAGUGGGGUUGAGUUCGAUUCCCGUGUGGGGAGGAUUUUUUUUUUUUGGAUCGAGUAU